AUGUCGUCCACCUGCGUCGCCGGGGUCUUCGACUGCGCGAGUCCGCUCGCCGACCCGGACACCUGUGCUCCAUACAAUGACGCCUACAUCUCGCAGGAGCAUAAUCUCGGCCUCCUCGUCGUUGCCUCAAUGGUCGCCGCCUUCAUGUGCUUCACGAUCGGCGCCAACGACUCUGCCAACGCCUGGGGCUCGACGGUGGGCUCCGGCGCCGUGCCUCUCUCUGUCGCGGUGACGCUCGGCGGGUUCGGGGAGUGGCUGGGCGCGACGCUGCUCGGGUACGGCGUGUCGGACACGAUCAAGAAGGGUGUUGCCGACACCACCGACCCCGACUGCUGGGCGUGCGGCUACUGCGACAGCGGCAUGGCCGUGUACGCCGUCGGCAUGCUGUGCGCGCUGCUGGCGGCGGCCCUCUUCCUGCUGCUCGCGACGUUCGCGGCGAUGCCGGUGUCGACGACGCACGCCAUCGUCGCGGGCGUGGUCGGGAUGACGAUGGUUGGCUCGGCGGAGAUGGACGGCGUCGCCUGCCUCAACUGGGCGUGGAGUGGCGGACUCACCUCCAUCGUCGCGAGCUGGGCCAUCUCGCCGCUCUUCUCGGGCGCCGUCGCCUUUGCCAUCUUCCGCGCCACUAAGUUCGCCGCCCUCGACGCCGCGCGGCCGGGCUCGGCUGCUCUGCUCCUCUCCCCCUUCCUUUACUCGACGGCGGCGUGGGUCAUGACCUUUCUCAUCAUGCUCAAGUCGCAGCCGACCAAGCAAAUCGAGCGCUCCACGCAGGCGCUCACCGCUUGCGUCGUCGCCGGCCUGACCCACGCCUACGCCUCCCUGCUGGCCCCGCGCGUGCGAGAAGCGAUGCCGACCGUGCGCGCGCUGCGGGCCGAGCAGGAGCAGUCCCACCGGGCGGUGCGUGAGCUCUCGGCGAGGCUGGUGCGGCUCGAGGCCGCCUACCGCAGCCUAGAGCAAGCUCACUCUGCGCGCAAGCCGCCCUCCGCCGGACUGCUCGGCGCCCUCCGCGAGCGGAUCGGCGCGGACGACCCUGCCGCCUCCCCCUCCCCGCGCUGUGCGCCCGAGCCCGGCGCCGAGGUGCUCGAGGUGCGGCGAGAGCUCUCCCUCGUCGACUCGCUCGCCUCGAAGCACGCAGACAUGCUGCGCGCCAUGGCGCUGCAGCCGCAGGCGACGCCACCGGCGGCGAUGGGCGGAGGGGGGCUGCGCACGAGCGGGCUCGACGAGGAGGGCGGCGAGGCAGGCGAGGCGGGCGAGAGCGCCGAGGACGCGGUGCACGUCUUUCGGUACGUCGUCGUCUUCGCCAACUCGACUUCGGCCUUCUCCGCCGUGUACACCGCCUUCUCGUCCGACAUGGCCGAGUGCGACUCGACGGCCACACCGUGGUGGGUCAUGUCCGUCGCCGGCGCCUUCGUGGCCCUCGGCGUGGUGACGCUGGGCUACCGGGUGAUCCAGACGCUCGGCAGCGACAUCGCCGAGAUCGACUUCCACAUGGCGUUUUGUGUCGAGUCCGCCUCGACGGUGACCGUCGUCGUGGCAACCUGCCUCGGCCUCCCGAUCUCGUCGACGCACUGCCAGGUGGGCGCGAUCGUCUUUGUCGGCAUGGCAAAGCACGGGCUGCACGGCUCGGACUGCGCCCUCUUCGGCAAGAUCGCGCUGACUUGGGUGGCGACGAUCCCGCUCGCCGCUGCGAUUGCGGCGCUGAUGAUGCUGCCGGCGCGCGCAGCGAUCACUCUGUGA